AUGGAUCUUCCGGCCAAUGCUGGAGCCUCUUCACCACUAGAUCCCACUGCCACAACCUUCAAGAUGCCUGCACAACCAAGGAUAUUAACGUCGAGUGAACCUGUCGUCGAACUACUCACGAACGGACAAAUCAAGCAAUCAAGACCGCCCCCAGCGAAGAAGGAGAAUCAAGCAAGUAAUGCUGCUCAAAACAUAUCGAAGCCCGCUUCGGAAGCCGCGCCAAAAGAAGAAGGGGCCGAGAAACAGCUCUCCAACAAAGAACUUAAACUAAAACAGAAGGCUGAGAAGCAGGCAAAAAGGGCGGCACAGAAAGCUGCCCAAGACGCUGAAGCACUGGAUAAGGCUCAGCAGCAGCAGCCAGAGCAAUCCUCCGCAGACCAGAGGAGGCCAUCAAACACAGGCAAAGCACAGCCGAGCCAAGGGGUCAAGAUCACUGACAUGACCACGCAUCACAAACGGGCGGCAGAUACUUCAGUCAAGAGUUUGCCCAUCAGGCCUCCAACAGGACUCACAUCUCAGACUAAGGAGGCAGAAGCUGAGAAGAAGUCACCCCCAGAGAAAAAGGUCACAGUAUUUAGCCAUCUCUACAGCAAAGACCGCCGCACCGGCAUUGCUGGCGUGAGCAGGGAAAUUCACCCCGCUGUUCUCACCCUAGGUAUCCAGCUUCGGGAUUACGUUAUCUGCGGCGGCAACGCUCGCUGCGUCGCCACCUUACUAGCAUUCAAAAAGGUCAUCCAAUCCUACACCACCCCUCCAUCUGUCGCCCUGCCCCGCCACCUAACAACGCAUCUCUCCCACCAAAUCUCCUACCUAUCCUCCUCUCGCCCCCUCUGCACCAGCCAAGGCAAUAGUAUCCGCUGGCUGAAAAAGCUAGUCGUAGAGCUCGACCCUAAAGUCUCAGAUCCGGAUGCGCGUGAUUUCCUCUGCAAGAGCAUCGACCUCUUCAUUCGCGAGAAAGUCACACUAGCUGACGAAGUGAUUGCGCGCGAAGCAAGCAAGAAGAUCGUCAACGGCGACACCGUCCUCGUCUAUGCCAAGAGUAGCGUUGUUGAGAAAAGUCUUCUGACCGCUCAUCGGGAGGGUAAGGCAUUCAGCGUCGUGGUUGCGGACUCAAGGCCAUUGUUCGAGGGGAAGAACCUAGCGAGGAGUCUCGCGAGGGCGGGGUUGCAGGUGCAGUACUGUCUGCUUACUGGGCUAGGGAGUCUGAAUAAGAAAGUGACCAAGUGCUUUUUGGGCGCUUCGGCUAUGAUGGGCAAUGGGAGAUUGUAUUCUCGAGCCGGGGCGGCGAUGGUGGCUAUGAUGGCCAAAGACUCUGGCGGUAUGGUUCCGGAGUUUGGGGCCGUGGGCAAUGUGCCGGUGAUUGUGUUGUGUGAAAGCGUGAAGUUUUCGAGCCGGGUGGUGCUGGACAGUAUUGUCAGUAAUGAAUUAGGGGAGCCGGAUGCACUGGUGGAGCAUGAAGACGAUGGAAUCAUUACUCCUUCGGUGGCCCAGCUUCCAGCUCCUGCUGCUGGUGCAAAAAAGGGUAAAGGUGGCAAGGCAGAUGCAGAAGAGGAAGAUGAUUCAGCUAGGAGGAAAAACUUUGGAUUGGAAGGAUGGACGGAACAGCCAAAUCUGCAGCUUCUAAACCUCAUGUACGAUGUUACGCCAGCGGAGUAUCUGGAUAUGGUUAUUACGGAGUUGGGGAGCAUACCGCCGAGUGCGUUGGUUGCCGGCCAGAAGAACGAUUCAUUCUCGACUCCCAUCUCCCGUUACAGCACUCGCCAACCUCAAAUCCCAUCAACCUUCCAUUGCCAUAUCCCGCAAAUUACCGGUGCUAGAACUACAUUAGCAUGCCGUAUGCCUUAUGAUGUACCAGUCCAAUUCUACCUUGAUAAAUCCAAUAUCCUGACUCUUCUCCCUGAAGCACUGUCUGCAGAUAUUGAGACCGUAUUUUCGAAUCAGACCGGCUUUGUGGGUGCAGACUCGGCUUCCAGAGACUCCUCCGCAACCUACAUCCACAUGCACUCGCCCCGCCUCGCCGACCUCUUCGAAGAAUUCUGCCGCCCACCCUCCGCCACCACCCCUUCCAACCAAAUCCCCCACUCCAACAAUCCCUCUUCCACCAACACCGUCACCAACCCUCAAAACUCAACCGGCAAUCACAACAACAAUGACAAUAUGGCCCAGCUCCCGGGCCACUUUCUCCCCUUUGAGGAGAUCUUUCUCCCUCCGCACCUCGUGCCCGUGAACCCGGAGGACGAAGAUGAUGUGGUGCCGGAUAUGCACGCCGCGUUUGGGAUUAAUAGGGCGUUAGGGCAGGGGCAGGAAGGUGGGGGUGGUGGUACCGCUGGUGGGGCCGGGCAUAUGAGGGAGCCCGCCUGGAGGGACUUUGGGUUGGAGGAGCUGGUGAGGAGGGGUCCGAGCGGGACUGGGAGCGGGGAGAGAGUGGGCGGUGCUGUUGCUGCGGCGGUCGGGAGGAAUAGAAGGGAUGGGAAGAGGAGUGGGUUGAUGAUGAUGCGGUGA